AUACCGCCCUGAUCACGCCGGACGAAGAGCAGCGCAGAGCCGCCGCAAGCCACGCCUCCAACGCCGCCGCCAAACUGUACGGCAGCAUCACUGCUCCAAGUCCUUCAGCUCCAAAUACAAGCUCCUAAGGCAUAUGGCCACACACUCCCCUCAGAAGACUCACCAGUGUUCGUUCUGCGAGAAGAUGUUUCACCGCAAGGACCACCUGAAGAACCACCUCCAGACCCACGACCCAAACAAAGAGGCCUUCCGCUGCCAAGACUGUGGGAAGCACUACAACACCAAGCUGGGCUACAAACGCCAUGUAGCCAUGCACUCGGCCACAGCAGGGGACCUCACCUGCAAGGUGUGCCUGCAGAGCUACGAGAGCACGCCGGCGCUGCUGGAGCACCUGAAGAGCCAUUCGGGGAAGUCUUCGGGCGGCGCCAAGGAGAAGAAGCACCCCUGCGACCACUGCGACCGCCGCUUCUACACGCGCAAGGACGUCCGCCGCCACAUGGUGGUGCACACGGGCCGCAAGGACUUCCUGUGCCAGUACUGCGCCCAGCGCUUUGGCAGGAAGGACCACCUCACGAGACACGUGAAGAAGAGCCACUCCCAGGAGCUGCUGAAGAUCAAGACGGAGCCGCCAGACCUGCUGGGGCUGCUGGGGUCUGGACCCAUCAAGGAGGAGCUCAGCCCCAUGAUGUGCAGCAUGAGCUCCACCAAGGACCCCCUCAUGGCCAAGCCCUUCCCCGGCGCGACGCCCUUCCCUAUGGGCAUGUACAACCCCCACCACCUCCAGCCCCUGCCCAGCCCUGGAGGGGGGCACCACCCCUCCCUGAUGCCCAGCUCCCUGUCUGCCGCUAUGGGCAUGGGCUGCCACAUGGACCCCCCCACGUCCCUCCACCCCCACCACCACCCUCACCACCCUCACCACCAUCACCAUCACCACCACCACCACCACCACCAUCACUCCCCGCCCCUGCCUGCCCAAGGGCCCCAGCCCCUCCCACCCCCCCCUAAGUACCAGCUGGGAUCUACCUCAUAUCUGCUGGACAAGCCUCUCAAGGUGGAGAUGGAGAGCUUCCUCAUGGAUCUGCAGAGCGGCCUCCCCGGGGCCCCCUCGCCUGGGGCCCCCUCUGCAGACCCUCUUGCUGCUGCUUCGCCCCCUAAGGAGGGGCUGGAGCCAUCGGCCGGCCUGCCAGAUGACCUGUGCGGGGACGCCCUUCUGUCCAAGAGCCCCGCCGUGAUGUCCGAGUCUCUGUGUGCUGCUAACAUGGACUUCUCCCACCUCCUCAGCUUCCUGCCCUUCAACCUGCCUCCCUACAGCGCCCCCAUGAGCGCCGGAGGAAUGGUGAUGGGCUACACCUCGUCGGCAGCCUCCUCCUCUUCCUCCUCCUCCUCUUCCUCCCUGCAUGCCGCCGAGGCCCAGCUGGCAGCAGCAGCCGGCUCCGCCUCCCUUACCUCUCUGCAGCUGCAACCUCAGGAGCUUGGGGGCCCUGCAGGGGGCCUGGGGGCCGCGGGGGGACUGGGGCCCCUGCAGCCCCUCCCUCCAGUCUUCAGCUCCAGCCUCAGCACCACCACGCUGCCUCGCUUCCACCAAGCCUUCCAGUGACGGCUUAGAGCUGGACCCAGUCCUGCAGUUGGACCUAGUCCUGCAGCUGGACCCAGUCCUCAGCCCAGUCCAGCCCCAAACCAGCCCAUCCCAGUCCCAGCCCUACCCCAGCCCCAGCCCCGACGUACCCGUAGUUAAAAGCACACAAACGUUUUUUUCGGCCUUCCAUUAAUGUCUUUAUUGGAAUAGAAUAGCAAGAUAUCUAGUACCAGGCGUCCUGAUCUCUCCUGUAGAGGAAGCAGCGUUGGUGCAGUACACCACCUCCACCAGCAGCCUGAGAGACACGUCCAGGGUAGAUCUGACCCAGGCUGACAUCCUGACCAGGGUCUGACCCAGGCUGACAUCCUGACCAGGGUAGAUCUGACCCAGGCUGACAUCCUGACCAGGGUCUGACCCAGGCUGACAUCCUGACCAGGGUAGAUCUGACCCAGGCUGACAUCCUGACCAGGGUAGAUCUGACCCAGGCUGACAUCCUGACCAGGGUAGAUCUGAACCAGGCUGUCAUCCUGACCAGGGUAGAUCUGACCCAGGCUGU